CGGUCAUUGAACGCACCGACAACCGUUCUCCGAUAUACAGAGGGCUGUAAGAUGUAUUUCGGUGUAUUUUACCCUUUUUUCUUUCACCUCAUAUUUGCUCCCAAAUGCUGACAUUAUGUGGGAAUGCAUAAAGAGGAUGUCACAGCCAUUGAAGGUGUCACGUUCAGACAUGGUCGUGAAGGGAAUCGACCCCAGGAUGCAGAGAUGAGGACCCAAUUGCAGAAUUAUUGGGUACCUUCAGUGACUCCUGAAGAUGAUGAUGACGAUGUUGGCACCAUGAGGAGGAAGCUUGGCUCAUUCAGGAUUCAACACGAUUACGCAGAGCACUGAAGCUGCCUGGAUGCCAGCUGGCAGGACACAGGUUCGGACAGGUACCCUGUUCUCCCACAUCCUGCACUCCGGCUGUGCUGACAGACAACGACGGUGAUGGAGGUUCCUCUUGUUAAUUUCGAGAAUGUGGACGAUGUUGGUAUCAAUCUGGGGGACCCCAGUGACUCCGGAUACCCAACGUCACUAACAUCAGAAGCCCCGGAGCACGACCUUUCAGCCCGCCGCCUGGCAUCUCCUCGUUUGUCACCGCGCAGGGGCCGCAGAGGGUACCCCCACGGUCAAGAAGGGCUGUCCCCAUCCACACCACCGACCUCCAAAGCCACCUCCAGCAGCUGCAGUUUGAUUUCCAAUCUGAAGCUUCUGGUGAGUGGCGAGUCGGCGUCCGACAGCGUCUUCAGCAGGAUGCCCAAGGACUGCUACGACAACGAGGACUUCUUUGAGAAGAACUGCAUGGAGGACAAAGACGAGAAAGUGGUCAUCAACGUUUCAGGCCUUAUGUUCGAAACCCAGCUGAGCACGCUCAGUAGGUUCCCAGAUACACUGCUGGGUGAUCCCACAAAGAGGAUAAGCCACUUCGACCCAAUGAGGAACGAGUAUUUCUUUGAUCGCAACCGCCCAUCUUUCGAUGGCAUUCUGUACUUCUACCAGUCAGGCGGCAGGAUCCGCCGCCCAGCCAAUGUUCCCUUGGAUGUUUUCGCAAGUGAAAUCGUCUUCUACGAGCUAGGCGAUGAAGCCAUGGAGCAGUUUCGAGAAGAUGAAGGCUUCAUCAAAGAGCCUGAUGUUCUUCUGCCCACCAAUGAACUCCAAAGACAAUUCUGGCUCCUGUUUGAGUACCCGGAGAGCUCCAGUGCUGCCAAGUCUGUCGCUUUGGUCUCUGUCUUUGUCAUUGUCAUCUCCAUCUUCAUCUUCUGUCUGGAGACCCUUCCAGAGUUCAGGGAAGACAGCGACUUUUCCCCAGGAAUAGACCAAAUCAUCAAUGGGACCCUUGAAGGUUCUAGCGCUCAUCCCAACACGAAGAACAUCCUGGCCUACUUGACAGACCCUUUUUUCAUCGUGGAAACUAUCUGCAUCAUCUGGUUCUGCUUUGAAGCAGGCGUCCGUUUUGUGGUGUGCCCCAGCAAGAGCGACUUCUUCAACAAUAUCAUGAACAUCAUCGACAUUGUCUCCAUCAUCCCUUACUUUGUCACCCUGGGAACGGAGCUGGCCACCACCCCCGAUGAUGACACAAACUCCAGUCAGAACAUGUCCCUGGCCAUCCUGAGAAUCAUCCGCUUGGUGAGAGUCUUCCGCAUCUUCAAGCUUUCCCGACACUCCAAAGGGCUUCAGAUUCUGGGACAGACCCUCAAAGCUAGCAUGCGCGAACUGGGGCUUCUUAUCUUCUUCCUCUUCAUUGGCGUCAUCCUCUUCUCCAGUGCCAUCUUCUUCGCCGAGGUGGACGAGCCCCAAACACAGUUUGUCAGCAUCCCCGAUGGCUUCUGGUGGGCGGUUGUCACCAUGACCACCGUGGGCUACGGGGACAUGUGCCCCAUCACCAUGGGCGGUAAGAUGGUGGGCACUCUAUGCGCCAUCGCCGGCGUGCUGACCAUCGCAUUGCCAGUUCCCGUCAUCGUAUCCAACUUCAACUACUUCUACCAUCGUGAAACAGAGCAGGAGGAGAAACAGAUGAUUGAUGCGGCAACAGAAGCAGCGCAGAAGUCGUCGCUAGCCAACAAAUAUGGCGGAAGCUCGUCAUCACUGAACAAAAGCAACGGGACUUGGCAGAACGAGAAGAACGGUUUUCAGUAAUGAACAUUUUAUACUGCUGCAGCGUCUGAUUGACAUGUAUUAAGUAUUAAGGGGCACUGAGUAGCUCUUAUGUACAUGAUCAAAUCUUAUUUAUUACAUUUCUUUCAUAUGAAGUAUUUAUAUACAUAAAUCAAAGUUUUAACCCCAAAAUAUGGCACAAGACUUUUUAGUUUGGUUACUUCAAGUUGUUUUUUGUUUUUUUUAAUAUAUUUUUUACCAAUACCUUUUUCCUCAUCACCAUCUUGCACGACAUCACAGCAUGUUUAUCAUGAACAAUACUCAUCAUACAAAAGCACUUUAAGAACCAUUGCAUCCUUCAUAUAUGGUUCAACAAAGUGUCCAUAAUAUUAGAAACGGCAUGCUGCAGUACUCCUGUACACCACUACAAUUGCAUUAUUGAUAUCAGCAUUCUAUUAUUGAAUGUAAAUAUUCAAUAUAAUUUGAAUAUUAUUGAAUAUAUUUUGAAAAAGCACCUAUAAUGGGCUAAAAAUUUACUUGUGUUUAAAGUCUGAUUUCUUUACAAUUUUUUUAUCUUUGUAAAUGUCACCUUUUCACCUAAUGUCGGGUCCUCAAGUCACAAAUUUGACCUGCCUAUCCUUGUGGUGACCUCCGUCUAGCUGUGAAAGAACAAAAAAAACAUUACUUCCACAUGAGGCGCCACUUUGUCAUUUUGAGCGAAAUCUACAACAAGAAGAGGCGUUCAAGGGUGUUACAAAGUGUCCGUGUGUGUGUGUGUGUUUGUGAGGCACUGUGGAGCAUUGUCUUAUCAGAACAUCUUUAAUUGCGGACACAGUGUUAAAAGAAAAAAAAUGGAUGAUGAAUACUUGACACAUUGUAGAUAUAAUGCACAAUAUAGAGCAAAUGCUAACAUGCAUGCAGUAAACACAAUCUGAUGGAGCUGUAGCGUACGCAGUAGAAACAUUUACUAUAUAGAAUGUGAAAGUACAAUUUAAAGAGCUUGUUAAAGCGUUGCACUAGAUCUCCACAUAUCUCUCAAGCACUUUGAUUGUAACAUAAACAGUAAAGCACAUCAGCGUCCUCAAUGUGAUAUUAUGUGAGUGGGAAAAAAAACACAAGCCUUUCCACCCUCUAAAUUUCAACAUGCCUGCAUUUACCUUUUAUUAAUAUUGCAUGGCAUGCAUGCCAAACUAGGUUCAACUAUUAAAAUUAAGCUCACAAAACAUAAUGUAGAUUCAUCUAUAUGAUAAUAGGAAAAGGCCAUUAUUUGAAAUUGUUGUAGGCGAGCAUGCCUCAUUUUAAUCAAGUGAUGCAUGGACUUUAUACAAUAUAGCAAAGGCCAGGGGCAACGAUGUCUUUGUAAUAAACGUACAAUAUGCAAUAAUGUUAAUACAUGAGCGAAGGAAACCCUGGUUGACCCCCCCUCACACAGCAAUAACUAUAAUAUUUAAUGAAUAUGAAAGGCAAUAAGAUGUAAAGGCUACAUCAUUUAGUGAUAUAAUGGCUACUCAGCACUUUAUGUUAUGAACUAGCACUUGUGAUUAUUGUGUGUGUGUGUGUGUGUGUGUCAACACACUGUAAGCACAGUCAUAAUGAAUGAAUGAUGUUUUAUUUAGUCUGUAAGGAGUGCCUUUCAUUAAACAUGUAUGCUAAAACUGUGAGGAGUCUCCCCCUGAUCACUUAUCACG